AUUUAUUGUGAUAUUAAGGUUUAAUAACCAACCUCCAUUUUCAUAUAUAUAACUGUGGCUUCAGCAUAUCCUACUCCUACCAUUCAUUAGCCAUGAAACUUAAGAGCCCCAUCACUUCUUAUGUUUUUUGGCUUACUUUUUCGUUCCUGCAUUUGAUGGUGUCAUUCGAAGCCAUGACCAAUGCAUUAGGAAAUGAAACUGACAGAUUUGCUUUGCUCAAAUUUAAAGAGUCAGUCUCCUCUGACCCUUAUGCAGUGUUGAGAUCCUGGAAUGAUUCCAUUCACUUCUGCAACUGGAAUGGAAUCACUUGCGGUCACAAGCACCAAAGGAUAACAGCCUUAGAAUUAGGUGACUGUAAGUUAAGAGGUACUGUAUCACCUUACAUUAGAAACCUCACAUUCUUGAGGAUCAUCGACCUAACAAACAAUAGCUUCUUUGGUGAAAUCCCACACCGAGUUUUUCAUUUACCUCGAUUGCAAUAUUUGGGUCUCAGUCACAACAUGUUGGAAGGUGAACUGUUUGCAUUGGACCUGAGUUAUUGCUUGGAACUAAGGGAGUUAGAUCUUGAAGACACCAUACUUACAGGGUUCAUUCCCAAAGAACUUGGCUCUUUGACCAAGCUUUUUCGGAUCAAUCUUCAGACGAACAACCUCACAGGAGAAAUUCCACCUACCCUGGCAAAUAUUUCAUCACUUGAAGAGUUUAAUGUAAUAGACAACACUCUGGUAGGUACUGUUCCGAAAGAGUUUGGCAAGUUGGAAAUGUUGAAAGUCUUUGCAGUAGGGUCUAAUGACCUGUCUGGUAUGAUUCCUCCCUCUCUUUACAACAUAUCAUCUUUGAUCAGUUUCUCAACUACAGAUAACCAAUUCAAAGGCACUUUGCCUCCCCACGUAGGCCUUCAACUUCCCAAUCUCGAAGAAUUUGUUAUGGGUGGUAAUGAGUUCUCUGGGACAAUCCCAGAGUCAUUUUCGAAUGCUUCUAAGCUUGAAAUACUUGAUGUUUCUGAAAAUCAUUUUGUGGGAAAAGUUCCAGCCAGUUUUGGGGUCAACCUUCCACAUCUUAGGUCACUCAAUUUAGAGAUAAAUCAGUUAGGAAAGAACUUGCCUAAUAGCUUGGAUUUUAUCGCAUCUUUAAAAAACUGUAGUCAAAUGGAAAUGUUGUCCCUGGCAUAUAACAACUUUGGAGGUCCUUUACCAAAAUCUUUAGCCAAUUUGUCAGCUCAAAUCACCCAACUUUAUCUUGGAGGGAAUCAAAUAUCUGGAAUUAUUCCUCCAGCAUUAAAAAAUCUGGUCAACUUAAUCCUUUUAACCAUGGAGAAUAAUCUUCUCGAAGGUGUCAUUCCGACUUCUUUGGGGAAGCUAAGGCUCUUGCAAAUGCUACUGUUGAAUGGGAAUGCAUUAUCAGGAGAAAUCCCCUCAUCCUUAGGAAACCUCACACAACUCUCAGAGCUUAAUUUAUCAGAAAACAAUUUUAAUGGAAGCAUAACUCCAAAUAUUGUUGACUGCCAAAGGCUGCAGAAACUUGACCUUUCAAAAAAUAGUCUAAGUGGAACUAUUCCCAAAGAAGUUUUUGGUUUUCCUUCACUUCUUGAACUGGACUUAUCACGAAACUCACUCAGUGGUAGCCUACCAACAGAAGUGGGCAAGCUUAAGACUAUCACUAAACUUAACCUCUCUGAAAACAGUUUGACCGGUGAAAUUCCAAACACAAUUGGAGGUUGUAGCCGUCUGGAAUCAGUUUCCCUACGAGGGAACUUCUUGCACGGAAUUCUUCCUUCUUCUUUGGCUUCUCUUAGAGGUCUACUUUACCUAGAUCUUUCAAGAAACAACUUGACAGGAAAUAUUUCUAAAGAUUUACAAAAUCUUCGAUUCUUGCAUUAUUUGAAUCUUUCUUUCAAUGGGCUGGAGGGAGAGGUGCCAGAGAAAGGAGUCUUUAGAAAUGCUACCGCAAUAUCAGUUGUUGGAAAUACUAGGCUUUGUGGUGGGGUACCAAAGCUGCAACUUCCAAGAUGUCGAAAAACCAUAGAAUCCAAACAAGGAAAGAGAAUAGAUCUCAAACUGAUAAUCAUAAUUGUUUGUGUGAUUGCAUUUCUCUUUCUAUUUGCAUCAUUAUCAUUUCUGUUUUGGAGGAGGAAAUCAACAAGGAGAUCAUCACCAUCUAAUUCUGAACUCUCAUCAAUCAGCUUUCUUUCAAAGGUUUCAUACCAGACUUUAUACCAGGCAACCAAUGGAUUCUCUCAAAGCAUGUUGAUUGGAACAGGUAGCUUCGGCUCUGUAUACAAAGGCAUACUUGGUCAAGAAGGAAAUGCAGUUGCUGUAAAGGUCCUCAAUCUAAACCAGAAAGGAGCUUCCAAGAGUUUCAUUGCUGAAUGCAAAGCGUUGAGAAAUAUUCGACACCGAAAUCUUGUUAAGAUCUUGACAUGCUGCUCCAGCAUGGAUUUCAAUGGGAAUGAGUUUAAGGCUUUAGUCUUUGAGUAUAUGACAAAUGGGAGCCUAGAUAAGUGGUUACAUAGUGUGGCCGAUGGAGAAAACCAAUCAAGGGGUUUGAAGUUUUUUCAGAGACUAACUAUUGCUAGUGAUGUGGCCUCUGCAAUAUGUUAUCUUCAUGAUCAUUGUGACCAUCCGAUCAUUCAUUGUGACUUGAAACCAAGCAAUGUUCUUCUUGACGAUGAAAUGGUUGCUCAUGUAAGUGAUUUUGGAUUAGCUAGGCUGAUCUUUAACACCAAUCAAAUGUCUGAAACUCAAUCUAGCACAAUUGGAAUGAAAGGCACCAUUGGCUAUGUACCUCCAGAGUACGCGAUGGGCAGUGAGCCAUCAAAGCAAGGGGAUAUGUAUAGUUAUGGGAUCUUAGUGUUGGAGAUGUUCACAGGAAGGAGCCCAACGGAUGAGUCAUUCAAAGACGAUCUCAAUCUCCAUAACUUUGUUAAGAUGGCAUUGCCAGAAAGAGUUGUUCAAGUCGUGGACUUUGCUCUUCUCCGUAGAGAAGUUGAAGAAACCAUAGUAAGAAGACAAAACUACAACAACAAUAGAAGAACAAAUGAAAUUUUCACAGGAGAAAUUAUUAUUAGUUUUGACAACACAAAUCAGAUAAGCAGUAAUCUGUGUAAGUGCUUGAUUUCAAUCUUGGAGAUUGGACUUGCAUGUUCAAAAGAUUCACCACAUGAACGAAUGAACAUAGGAGAUGUGAUCAAGGAGCUACAACAUAUAAAAAAUGCUUAUGUUAGCCUUGCGAGACAAGAACAUAGACAAAGGACCAGACCAACUAAUUAAUAGCUACUAUAUCCACACACUGACUAGUGAGUUGCACAGCAGGAGAAUGAAACUUUCUUUAAGGAACUCAGAUUAAUGGUGAAGAUCUCUCCUAUGUAUCAUUUUCACGAAUAGGUUUCAGCAUUUGUACUCAGAUCAAUUUUCCUGUGAAUUUUUAGUAUUUUGCAUCUAAAUAUGUUCUGAAUUUUUAUUUAUUCAGUUUGUUUUCUAUUGUCAAGCAUAUUGAGUAAUAUGUAAAUGUGCUUCACAGAAGCACAUACUCCAUAUUUUUGUUGCAACUGAAUCAAAAUGUUCUACAUGUGUUCUAUAAAAUCCAUAUUGACUCAUUUAACUCAUUGAAAACUUAUUUUGGAAGCUAGAAACAUAAAGCAAAUAUAAAAAAAAAAACUUGGUGUAAAUAAGUAGUGGUUGAUAUGGUUAGGGAAUUGUUCUCUUUACUAAACAGGAGGCAACAAGAUUUGUCUUUCAGCAUUUACAGGCUAGUGGUGUAAAUAAGUAGUGGUGUACAUUGUCUUGUGAAAAAGCCUAACCUGAUAACACAUUGGUCAAAAUGAUUAGAGUUAAUCUUGGGAACUUCAGUCAAUUUUCAUCAUUUUGUAGCUCGUAGAAAUUGAGGAAAUUUUAGACAGCUCUUGGGAUUCAAAUAAGUUUUUUUUUUUAAUUUUCCAUUUCUCUAGGGAAUUGUAAAUAUUGACUCUAAUUAUUAAGGAUUGCAUAAAGUCCAGGCUCAACUUGUUUACCAAUUUUGUAAGUUAGAUCUAGACUGUUUUAAUAUCGGGGAAACAAUUGGUAGAUUGUGGAUCUCACUCCUUGGUAUAUAGACUAAUUCAGCAUCUGAAUAGUGUGGACAUUGAUUUAAACAGAGUUUCAAUGAUUGGACUUUGUUUAGGUUUGUGGCAACCAUGAACUCGUCUUUAAAAGAACUUGAUUAUUGUUGAUUCUAGUAUUUUUUGA